UACAUUCAUUUUUGUUGGUGCUAUAUAGUUCUGCGAUAAUUAUAUGCUUUGUUGCGAUGUUGUACUAUUACGAGGACCGAAUAAUGCCAAUAAACGGAGUAUAAACGAAGGAUAGGCUAAGCCUAAAAGCUCCAAACCAAAUUAAAUAUUUGGUAUUUAUGAAAAUUUAACAACAUGAGUUCUAUCCAGCAAACGAAUCGAUUCCUUCCUUUCUUGAAUAAUAAUGUUCAACGAAAGCAGAUGCCUAAUCAAGGAGGUUUGACUCAUAGUUUGAGUGGAAGUGAUACAGAUGUAUCUACAUCAAAUGAAAAUUUAAGCAAUGAAGAAAGAUAUGUUAUAAGGCAUACAGCACGACAAGAACCUCAAGGGCAAGAAAAUCAACAGCAUAGCCCUUCUAGAUCAUCCAGUCAUAAGGAAAACAUACCAAAUAUACAGGGUAACUUAGUGAAUAGAAAUACUCUGAAAGAUAAUUUGAGUAACUCAAAUCGUAAUAGUUUGAAAGAAAGUCUGAAUGGAUCUAACCGUAAUAGUUUGAAAGACAGUAUUAAUGGUUCAAAUAGAAAUAGUUUAAAAGACAAUCUCAGUAAUAGAACUAGUAUUGGGUCAAACAGAAGUAGUCUUGAUGUUUCUACAAGUUCUUACAAUACAUUAAUAAUUCAUAAUGCCAAUGAAGAUAACUUGUGGGCUCCAUCAUCUCGGCUAUCUGGUGUAGUAAGAGAGCAUGGAGAUGUGGGUUAUCUGUACUGUGAAAGUGGUAACAAAGGUCAUUCUAAUAGCCCAACAGUACAGUCACUUUCAAACUUACCUUUAGAAGAGCAUUUUUAUGAAAAUACAAGUAACCUUGGAUGCCAAGAAAUAACAGAUAUUCCUGAUGAUUAUUUAAAUCAGUCACAGGUUUUAAAGCACCUCGCAAAGGAAGUAAAAGUGCCUUCUUAUAGUAAAUUAACAGGUAACGAUAAUUGUACGGAGAUCAGAAUACCGGAAGGUGAUAGGCGAAAUCGAAGUGAAUUUGAUGAAAGACUCUCAUCUAAUUAUACAACAACUUUGAUACCUUUGAAAAGCAAACAAAAAAUUGUAGGUUUGACUGAUAAGUUUACGUUUUCAAGAUCACAACCGGACUUGUCCAGAAUCAGCAAAAUUGAUAUGGAUAAUUGUGAUCUAAGAACUACUUCUCCAAGACCUCAAACAAAGGGUAGAGAAGAAUUUGAAACGCCCGCUGGAGAAGUAUGGCCAACGACGGAAAUGGUGCAAAUAUUAAUUCAAGAAAAUAGUGCCUUAAAACUCGAACUUGAUCGAUGUUAUAAAAAGGUAUCAAAAUCACAACAUAUAGAGCAAGAAAUAAGCAAAGUGCACAGAGCUCACGAAGAGCUUGUGGCAUCUAGCGAACGUCGCGAGAAACUCGAGCGCGCGGCACGCGUGAGAUUACAAAACGAUUGUAGACGAUUGACAGAACUGAAUCGGGCUCUUAGAGACCAAAUUGAUUUAAUGUCGACGAGGACAGAAAGUUCUUUGAGCCUUGAGUCGAUGCGAAAAGAACUUACUCAAAAAGAACUUUUUAUUGGCCAAUUAAUUACUCAAACUAAGGAAUUGGCAGCGGCUAAAGAACGCCAGGAAAUCGAGUUGGCUGCUCAACGAGCAACUCUGCAGGAACAACGGAAACAUAUUGACAUUCUUGAUACAGCUCUAACAAAUGCGCAGAGCAACGUCGUACGUUUAGAGGAAGAAUGUCGUAAAAAGCAAGUGUACGUAGAAAGAGUCGGUCAGUUGCAACGCGCUCUUUCUUCUUUACAAGCUUCAAGUGACAGGCGAGAAGAGACGGAACGUCAGUUAAGAGGUCAACUUGAACGUGAGCUGAAAGAAGGUGGUGCCGGAGGUAGUAGUCCUGCACACGACGGCGUCAACGGUGAAAGCGUGCCCGAACUCAAGCGCAAGUUACGUGAGCGCAACGAAAAAAUCAUGUCGUUGGAAGGUGACGUAGCGAAGUGGGAGCAACGUUACCUUGAAGAAAGUGCUUUACGGCAGGCCGCCAUUGAUGCUGCUAGUCUUCCUAAGGAUGCCAAAAUUGCCGCUCUCGAAAAAACUAGCCAAGACGCCGAAAAGUUAAUCGCCGAAGCUCGCUCGGAAAAAAUGCGACACAUGGACGAAGUUCACGCAGCACAAAAAAAGCUUGCAGAUCUUGCGUCCAGAAUGAAAGAUUUAGAAUCGAAAUUGGCCGAAAGAGAUGCAAUGAUUCGAGUUCUUCAGAAGCAUACUUAUGAUAAAGAUAGUAGUGGCGUUGGAAGCUAUCAAGCUGCUCAUUCCUCUCAUUCCAGCACAUCUGCAGAUCACCAUCAUACAGCCCUCACGAGUACACCAGAACUUGUGAGUAGCGUUUUGGGCGGAGGUAGUGGUUAUAGCAGCACUGCAUCGUACGGUGUAUCCGAUACAUUCAAGUAUAGAAAACAGGGAAGUUUUGAACAAACGAAAAAAAGUUUGGAUGAUGAGCUGAAAGAUCUUGAUUCCCAGCUGCUAAUAAAUAGCAAGCGGGCACUUUGCUGUUUUCCAGGCUUCUCUAAUCCAGGCGCUCCGUCGCGAAAAGGAAAAAUACCCAAGCCAUUACUGGCGAGUGUAGAGUCGGCCGGCGGCUCGAGCACGGCCAGCAGCAAGAGCCGGCUGCUGGGCGGCGAGUGCGCCAUCGACGAGUCCGAGGCGAGCGCGACGUCGGUGCUCGCGGCGUCCAGCGCCAUCCUCGACCUGGCGGCGGCUGCCUCGCGCUUCAAGAGCCGCUUUUCCGACGAGGCCUGUAGGCCCGCCGAGGACAUGAUGCUGCUGGAGAAGCAGGGCCGCAGCUCGCAGCGCCAGCGCAUGUCCUCGUCGCAGGAGCCGCCGGCCGCCGGCCAACAGCAUCAGCAGCAGCAGCAGCAUCAGCAGCAGCAGCAUCAGCAACAGCAGCAACAGCAGCAGCAGCAGCAGCAGCAGCAGCAGCAGCAGCAGCAGCAGCAGCAGCAGCAGCAGCCUCAGCAGCAGCAGCAGUCGGCGCCGCAGCAGGCCGAGGGCCGGCGCGCCGGUAGUCUGCCGCCGAGUUCGCUGCCGCGGCCGCCACGCUCGUCCAAAAGCGCCGCGCGCUACUGCCGGCUCAGCGAUUCGGAGGCGCGCAAGAAGCCGGAGCAGCCCGGCGCCGCCGAGGUCUACCAGGCGGCUGCUAAGCUGUCGCUGCUGCGUCGCAAGCAGUCCUCCGAGAGCAUUCUCGCGGGCGAGGCCGCGGCCGACUGCCAGCACCACCACCACUGCCACCACCACCACCACCAUCACCACCACCGCGAGAGCGCCGGCAAGAAGAGCGUCGGCCAGUACGAGCGUCUCGGCCAGUCGCGCUCGCUGAUCCCGCCGCCGGGCAGCGGCGCGCGGCGCUACGGCGGCGGCCCGCACCCCGACUACGGCCGGCUCAGCGACUCCUCCGCGGCGGCGGCUGCCGAGGCCAAGCAGGUGCCGCCGCUCUCGACCCGCGGCCAGAGCACCGGCAGCAUCGUCAGCACCAAGAGCGACGCCUCCGCCAGCAGCGCCAUACUCAAGAGCGCCAACCGCUCCAUACCCAGACCCAGCAACUACAAGAUACAGUUCUGAGGUCCGCUCGCCCCGCCCCGCUUCUCCUCCUCGCUCGCUCUUCUCCGCGUCGCAGCCUAGUCCUCACCAAAGCUCGCGGCCUCCCCCGCGUUAUCGUCGUUCGCCCGUCUGCCCCUCCGGGGCCUUGCGACUCGCGCCUGAGACCCCGAGACCCCGAGACCCCGACCCCUUAUUUAUUGCAUUCUGUGCAGGAGCCCCAGGCAUCUCCGCCACUUAGCUGCUUUUCUUUCAGUUAUUUCGUUGACUACGUAACUCGCAAUCUUCGAUAGAAACGAAAACGAUCGUACUACGAAAAGAAUUAAUCACUAUUCUCUUGCUGUUCGACACCUAAUACUUGCUAAGGGUGAUUCAACGAUUGCCGACGAACAAGUAAACUAUGAACGAUGCGCAUGCCUUUUUAGAUACUUACUAUGUAGGCUGCAUGUGACGAUUUUCAACAACCUAUCAAUGCGAUGUCAAUUCUCAGCUGGUGCCUUGCUUGCGUUAUUUUAUACAUGUUUUUCAUAUAAAAAACUUUUGAAAGUUUUGAUAGACGCAUUUCCACUGAUCGGUCCGGUAAUAGUUGUCUUACGAGGACAUUUUAUGCGCUGCUACGAGGCAUCACAAUAAACGCAUAAUGGUAAUGUAGUAGUAAUAUUUGAAAAUGUGAUUUACUGUAGUCAAGUCAUAAAGUUUAUAUGGUUAGAAAGACAUGCAAGUAAUGCUCAUAGUUUAAGAAUGCAUCUCGAUCAUUGCGCAUUUGAUAUGAAAGACGUAAGUAAUGCAAGCUCGUCACGAGUCGCACCAUUCGAUUGAUCACUGGUAAACCUCAUCGUUUUAAGAAACGAACGAAAAUUACAUGUUCCAACUUUGUCGUGCAAAUUAUUUAUUUUCUACGGAAAAAAUGUUCGAAUAAUCUAAAAUAAAAUAAGCACUCAUUGUCGUUUACGUGAAAAAAAUUGUUUCGUUUGGCACAUCCUGAGCGCUUAUUUGGCAAGUAACGUCAAAUUCUAAACUAAAUUAAGAAAUUAAAUUGUGCAACAUUGUGAUGUGUAGUUUUUAUUAUUUAUUUUUAUUAUUUCUGGUUAUGUACAAUAGCGAAAAUCAUGUGUAAGUGAUUUGUUGCUUGCUUUUACUAAACUUUAGUACGUGGUAUAUAGUUAUACAGUAAAAUUAAUUAAAUUAAUGGAGGAUAUAUCCACGAAUUUCUUUUUUCAAAUAACUUUUAUUUGAAAUCUGUAAAUUAGCGACUCUGAAUUAACAAAAACGAAAUAACUUACGUGUUUCAUAAUAUUGUAUACACAAUAGCUUUAUGUAUGAAAUGCAUUGAUGCGAAUGAAUGAAUUUUGCCAAAGAUGAUCUGACAGACAUAGACAAGUAAUUUGUGCUUUUAUACGAGCCUAUGCGUAGUAUCCAAAUAUUAUUUCUAUGAUAUUUUCGCGGUUUACACGUAUAGUAAAUACAUUUUACAACUUUUUUAACGAAAAAUUAUGUACUACUCGAUUUUUCACGAACGCCGAAAUUGCGACGCCUGGUGCGUGACGAAAUACUAAAAAAGUCAUUAGCUCUCUAUUUUUAUACGUCAAAAUUGUUUGUAAAUUUGUCAUGGAUUUCUUCAGUGAAGCCCAAUUUGAUAUGCACUCUUCGAUCUGCUCUAAGUAUUUUAGAACGGAAAUGUAAGAUGUACUCUAUAACGUACGGUUUUCUUAUUAAUUCAACUUUUAUUCAUUUAAUAAUUAACAGGUACUAUGUUAUUGUACGAUUUCAUUGUUUACGAUAUCAGCGAGUCUAAAUCUAAUCGAUGUAAUAUAUUUAAAAAAAAUAUAUAUCAGCAACUGUCGACUUGUAAAAGUAACAUUUUUCUGAUUAAAACUUUAUUACAUAUCACCUUCUUAUACAUUAAGUUACUUCCAAAUGGUAAAGUAUCGAUCUUCUUCAUCGCAAACUACAAGAAUUUUUACCGAAAAAAGAUGGAAAAAUGAAUAUACCAGACAAAUAUGAAGAUAAGAGUACAAAUACAUCAGAUUUAUAUCAACAGACUUAUUUCGUUGAAUGGAAACAAAAGCUGGAAACAAAUUCAUAACACUCAAUAGGGCAUUGACUUUUCGAAGACUUUAAUCUGAAAACUAAUUAUUUCUAUUUUCAUAUUUUAUUAAGUGAAAAAAAUAAAAAGUGAAACAAAAUGGAUCGAGGUAUAUUGAUUAAUUGACUAGAUGAUUUCAUGAGAAUCGGGUGCUAUAUAGGAAAUGUAACUAAAAACCUUGCAUUUAAUUCUUUUAAAGAGAUAAUUAGUCAAUUGGACGAGGAUCAUAUGCUAUACACGGUUGCGUGCAGGUCGCUCAGAGGCACGGUGGCGCCGCGUCACUGCAAUACAAACCAGCACGAAUCGAAAGCGAGUGAUAAAACCAAGUUCACAUGGCCCACAUCAUCGUUUAUUAUAACUAAUAUCUCUUUUUCAUCAACUCAUCAUGUUUGUAAACAUUAUAUCCAACAAGUGCGUUAUUUUAUUGAAAGAUUUUAUUACUUCAUUCAAAUUUCAUUUAUUAAAAUUCAAGAUUCUAAUUUGCAUGAUUAAUUUCAAGGAUUAAUUAUAAACAGAAAAUCCAUUUAAUUCAAUACGUGCCGGGAAAACGAAAUUUCAUGAUCUGUACCCAAAAAACGAAUCUUGGCCCUAAUGCAAAAAAAAAUUUUUGGAAAAAAUGUAGGAAAAAUUAAGUAAGAAACUCAAUGAUCUUGGAAGUUUCAAAUAUAGUGGUAAUGAUUGGAAAAAGGUAUAAUGAUUUUUCAAGCUCAUAAAAAAUUUAUUCUAGAAAAUGAAUAUCUUAUGAAUGUUUUCCUAUAAUUUUUAUCUGUCUUUAAUAGGUAC